UUUUUGGAUCCAUUGACACUAUAUGGAUACACAGUAUUUGGGAUUCCAGCCAACUGACUGCUGCCGUGUAUUGGAGGGGGUUCGGUUGAACCGGUUUACUUUUUUAAAUACUGGCGACUCUCCGUGCAGUGUAGAGGUACGUUGUUAUUGUGGAGCUGCAGCCGUUCACAUGAACAGACUGCCAUGCUAGCUCCGCUAGCUCUGUCGCUCGACAGUCCCUCACUGAGCAGGCUUGACAGCAUCUGCAAGGUUAGCUCUAUGCGGUCACUCGGCUAGCCUCUGACCGGCAUCAUCGAGCGUCAUGCUAACUUAAAUAUACGUGUUAAUGUAUUCUCACCACGUAAAUUAGUCAUUUAGAGGUAGAACAAUGAUUGUAAGGAGUGACUGACGCUGUGUGCAACAAUAUGUCACCAGGAGCGACAGUCGAGUUUACCACACUUGAAACGUAGUUGAAGUAGUUUGAGCAGUUUAAAAAAAAAUACACGCUUAAGUUGUGUGUUGUAGUGACAGCACAGCUCUAAAGAUGAAGUGUAGUUAUUAUAGUGUAGUAACAGCUUUGUCAUUACCGUAACGUCACACACCUGGGGGGCUUUUCAGUACCAGGAAGUGGAAUUGAACAGUGCAACUCUGCAUAGUAAAGUAGUUUGUUUUAAUUAUUCUGCUAACAUAUUUUUUGUAAUUUAAUAUGUCCAUGACACCACAUGCACACAUACCAACACACAUACAUCCUCCCAUCUACUCUCUCACACACACGCACGCGCGCACGCACACAGCCAUGUCUCCAUCAGUACCCCUGCAGGAGAUGAUCCGGGCCAUCAGGUCAGCGAGGACGCAGUGUGAGGAGCGAGGUGUCAUCCAGAGGGAGUGCGCGGCCAUCCGGGCGCAGUUCAGACAAGCGGACAACGGGGGGCGAUCGCACAACCUGGCCAAGCUGCUCUAUGUGCACAUGUUGGGCUACCCCGCUCACUUUGGUCAGAUGGAGUGUGUUCGGAUGAUAGCCAGCCCUCGCUACAGCGAGAAGCGUGUGGGAUACCUCGGAGCAAUGAUGCUGCUGGAUGAGAAGCAGGAUGCCAGCUUGCUCAUCACCAACUCCAUCAAGAAUGACCUAGCCCACAGCAACCAGUAUGUGCAGUCUCUGGCUCUGUGCACGCUGGCCUGUAUGGGCUCAGCUGAGAUGUGCAGAGAUCUGGCACCAGAGAUCGACCGGCUGCUCCGAGCAUCCAACUCCUACAUCAAGAAGAAGGCUGCUCUCUGUGCUGUUCACAUCGUGAGAAAAGUCCACGAGCUGGGGGAGCUUUUUGCGCCCGCCGCUCGCUCGCUCCUCUCUGAGAAGAACCACGGUGUGUUGCACGGUGCCGUGGUGCUCAUCAUUGAGCUGUGUGAGCGCAAUCCAGAAACACUGGAGCGGUUCAGAAAGACGGUACCGGAUCUGGUUCAGAUCAUGAAAGGUCUGGUCCUGUCGGGUUAUUCUCCAGAACACGACGUGUCAGGAAUCAGCGAUCCCUUCCUGCAGGUGCGCAUCUUGAGACUGCUGAGAAUCCUCGGCCGCAACAACGAAGGAGCCAGUGACGCAAUGAACGACCUGCUAGCCCAGGUGGCGACCAACACUGACAGCACUAAGACUGUGGGCAACGCGGUGCUGUAUGAGACUGUUCUCACCGUGCUGGACAUCAAGUCAGAGAGCGGCCUCAGGGUUCUGGCUGUGAACAUCCUGGGAAGAUUCCUCCUGAACAACGACAGGAACAUUCGCUACAUUGCCAUGACGUCUCUUCAAAAGAUCGUUGGGACGGACCACAAUGCAGUGCAGCGCCACCGGGGAACCAUAGUGGACUGCCUGAAGGACCAGGACGCGUCCGUCAAGCGCCGCUCGUUGGAGCUCUCCCUGGCGCUGGUGUCGGCCUCCAACAUCCGCUCCAUGAUGAAGGAGCUGCUCCUCUUCCUCUCCUCCUGCCCCCCUGAGCUCAGGUCGCAUGCUGCCAGCGGCAUCUUCAACGCCGCAGAGAGGUAUGCUCCCUCCCAGCGCUGGCACAUUGACACCAUGCUGCAUGUCCUCAUCACGGCAGGGGGCGACGUGAGAGACGAGACGGUGCCCAACUUGAUCCAGCUCAUCACCAACGCCUCAGAGCUGCACUGUUACACCGUCCACAAGCUCUACCGCGCUCUGGUCUCGGACAUCUCUCAGCAAUCGCUGGUGCAGGUGGCGUGCUGGUGUAUCGGAGAGUAUGGAGACCUGCUGCUGAGAGGAGACUGUCAGGAGACCGAGCCUGUUCAGGUCACCGAGGACGACGCCCUGGACGCCUUGGAAACGGUCCUGCAGUCGCACAUGUCGUCGCCGGUGACCAGAGGCUUUGCUCUCACCGCCACCAUGAAACUGAGCACGCGGAUCACGGACAACGUGGAUCGCAUCAGAAGCAUCGUCAGCAUCUACGGCAGCUGUAUAGAUGUGGAGCUCCAGCAGAGGGCAGUUGAAUACAAUGCUCUGUUCAAAAAAUAUGACCACAUGAGGGCAGCAGUGCUGGAGAGGAUGCCUGUGAUCGAGAAGAACUCCCCGGGUCAUACCAACGGAGAGUUCACAGGGGAGGCCAUCAGGGACAUCCCGACAGCCAAAAUCAAGCAGGGAGAGCUGCCGCUGCUGCCGCAGCAGCCUGCUAACCAGGUGUGUGAUCUCCUGGGCCUGCUGGGCGGCUCUGAGGAGACUCUGCAGCCCAGCCCAGCACCCGGCCUGUCCAUCAAUGCAGCUAGCACUGCCGGAGGAGACCUCCUGGAUCUGCUGGGAGGGUUAGAGCCUGCAUUGCUAGCACCAGCUCCCGCGGUGCCGGUGUAUGAGAAAGGCGGCGUGACUUUGACACUAAGCUGUGAGAAACAGUCAGACACGGGCCUGACGGUCACACUGACAGCCUCCAACUCCACCGACUCAGACAUCAGCAGCUUCACCCUGCAGGCUGCGGUGCCCAAGAGUGUCCAGUUACACAUGAAGGCUCCCAGUGGGGACUAUCUUCCUGCACGAGGCACAGCUAAGGUGAUCCAGAUGGUGGUCCUCAACAACCCAAACAAGGUGAACCUGAAGAUGAGGGUCCGCAUAUCUUACACCCGCCAAGCAUCGGCCUUUCAGGACACGGUCCAGAUCGACUCGUUCCCCGGACUCGAUGCCGCCGGCCACUGACAGCGGACAUUCCCUCACAUGGGACUAUGACAACAGCCUGUGGAUGAGUCAGCAGGCAUCGCCCCUCACUGACCACGUUUUUUUUUUCUGCUGUCACACCCUCUACACUAAAACAUCCAAGCUGCUGCUUCUGAAAUUCCUGAUUUUGUUUUGAAGAACACUUUUCUUUCACAUGAAUUCAUAGUUCGCCCCUCCUCUGGAGUCCAAGUGUAAAUGUGACUGAUGGUGUUAUUUAAUAUGGCAAAGAGUUUGGAAUGUGCCCUUAUAAUAUACUAAAAUAUGAAGUAAUGACUUUUCUGCCCGUAGAACUUUGUACCAUCCAGGUUCUUUUUUGUUUCAACUACUACAGCUGAUUGUAGUUGUUUAACUUCAUGAAGAUGUAUUUUUACGGCCAAGUGUCCUCCCAUAGCACUCGUGUUUAUUCCCUUUUAAAGUGAUUUCCUUUACCAGCCUCACCUUGUUGAAAAGCAGCUAAUCACUUACUAAUGAACCAUUACUAUUAUGAAAUGCUCUAAUCCGGUACACUUGAUUUUACUGGCAAACGACGGGAUGUGAAUUUGAGAUUGAUGGGUGUCGGAUUUUAAACACAGCCUCAUGCGUUGCAUAUUUUUUCCUGCCUCAUUCAGCCGAACAGCUCAGAGAAUCCUCCUAAUUAGUUCUCCUGUGCCUUUCAUCCCCUCCACCUUUGAGCUUUUUCUCAUGUACAAAAAAAUGUAACUAGAUUUGGUUUUUAUCAUUACCAUUCAAGCUUGCUUCUGCCUACUGUUUACAGAGGCUCCGGAGUUAUUUUAUUUUCUGAAGACUGUAUAGCAGUACAAGAUGUAUAUUUCAGAUUUUAAGUAUGUAAGCACAAUUAGAUGAUAAAUCUUUGGAACACUCUUAAUACAACCCUUUGUUGUAGAAGGAAAACACUGUAAAAAAACAUUUUUAGAUGGAGCCGGUGUAUCGCAUCAGUAACGUGAUGACUCGUCUCUUGAUCACAGACCUGUUAAAAACACUCCAACAAUGGUGCUCUAAAUGGAUUUUCAUCUCUACCAAACUGUUUCAGAUUACUACCUUCACUAAGCUGUAAAGAAAAUAAGGUGUAUUAAGUCAGUUACGUAAAUUGUCUUACUAUCUUGUUUUGCAUCAUUUUCUAAAUUAAAAAACAAAUCAGUUUUCAGAAUCCUCA